AAGGAGCCAGGAUGUGGCAUGUAUGGGUUGGGGUAGUCCAUGAGUCAAGUUGAAUUUAUGUAAUGCUUGAAACCUUAGUUCAGAGGAUUAUAUGCUCCUUGUGCCAUGCCCUCCCACAGGACCAACUUUGAGAACAUGAUGCUUGAGAUGCAACACGACCAGGUAAUGACCGAUCUCAAGAAAAUUCCUCAGGAGAUCAGUGAGGCCUUGUACAAGUGCAAGGAGCUGUCUAAAGAAAAUCAACUUUAUUGCAUCAGGAACUGUCAGCUCCUUACAGAGUCUCUUCAUAUAAAGAACCAAGUAAAAAUUCUGUGGAAUGAGAACAGGCAGCUGCUAAGGGAGCAGAUUGCACUGGAAGAGUGUACUAAGAAAACAAAGAGGCUGUGUGUGGAGGCCAGCUUGAAGAUAUACGACAAGUAUACCCAACAGCAGCAGCAGCAGGUCUGAAAUACUCCACCAAAAGCUCAAAGAGGGCACAGACCAGGCCAAGAUCUCCCUCAGACACAACUCUUCACCAAGAACACUCAGUGUGCAAAGCAAGUGAACCACCAUUGCAUCUCAUCCAUAUAACCUUGGCAAUCUUGGACUGCAUUUUCUUCCAUUAUUUCGGUUCCUACAUGUCACAAGGUCUUCAUUGUGUCUAGCCUCUGGUCCAGGCAGAGUGCAUGUUUUGAAGGCUUCAGUCACAUGCUGAGGGACAUCAAGAUCUGCUGGAAAUCCAUGAGGAGCCUGAGAAUGUAAAUGUUUGCUUGUCCUGAUGGGUCAUCAAAGAUAAAUUCAUGAGGAUCAGUCAAGGGAAUUUUAAGGACUUUCAGAUACCACCACUAAUAUGUUUCAUGCUUUGCUUUGGGAGGACUUGCCCAUCUCAAAACCACACCACAAUGAGGCAUGUACUCAUUCACCUUGAAGAGUUUACUAUCAGCAUUGACUGCCUUUGCACUAUAUUUCCAAGGCCAGCAACAGGCUGUAGGU